UUUUGUAUAUCUAAGACGUGAUUUAAAUGGCCUUUACAACAGGUUUACGCUACUGGUACUUCUUUUUUGAGAGGCUAUUUUGUCACUUCGUGCGGUGUCUUUUGAUUUUCUAUAAUCAUUUUUACACAUCAUCUUAGUUUACGUUCAUAAAUAUUGAGUUGAGUUUGACUCCUAACGUUCAGUUUCAAUUAGUGAUCAAAACAUAGUUGUGACCUUUAACCAAAGCUAAUUGAAACUUUCGAUCUAAGUUUUGUCAAAAUUUUACCUGCGUUAUCUAAAAUCACCGGAAGUUGCCUGCGUUCCAGAUGAAAGAGAAUGUUAUCAUGCUACUCUUUGACCUCAAGAAAUCCGAUUAGUCGAAUACAAUCUCAAUUUUACCCUGAUAUCAAAAAGCUAUCCUGGAAACAACUGCCUAAUACAUAGCAAGCUAAAAACUUUCAAGCUAUCAGUACACAUCCAAGACAAAAUAGUCAAGCUGCUAGUCAUAGCCGGAAAAAAUGCCAAAAAUAGCGGUUUUGGGCUGCGGAAUUUCUGGGCUAUCAAGUGCCUACCGAAUUCUGUGUCAAUUUGGAUGCGAAGUCGAAUUGACGGUUAUUUCGGAGUACAGUUAUGAACAAACUACUAGUAGAGUAGCCGCUGGAUUAUGGCGACCAGACGAAAAAUACGGAUCUAGUCCAGAAAUGACGGAAAAACUGAAACGAUGGUUUCUAGAAACACGAAUCUAUUAUGAGGAAGUAAUAGCGAAAGGAGAGGAAUGGGAACGUGGAAUUUCUUCUAGCUUUCUACUAAAAUUUGAACCGAAAGAAGAAAGAUCUAAUAUAUUGUUUGACGACAUUGUUCCAGUAUCGUUUCGAUUGGAGAAAGACCAAAUUCAAGCUUUAUACCCGCACGCCGAAAUUCCGACAGAAACGUUGUACGCCAAUUUAAACCGAAAUUUCAUGUGUCGACCGCGAAUUUAUAUGCCAUGGAUGAUCAGCGAAAUCAAAAAAAUGGGCGGUAAGUUCGAAAUUGGGAUAAAAGUGAAAAGUUUCGAGGAACUGAGCGAGACUUAUGAUAUAGUGAUUAAUUGUUCGGCAAUGUCUGCUAAAGAGUUAUUGAAGGAUGACCUUAUGGUUCCGGUUAGAGGUCAAGUUACGGUUGUCCAUGCCCCCUGGAUCAGUCAGAGUUUGCAGAUAGACUUUUCUGGAUAUAUUCUGACAGGUAGUGAUGGUACGGUUACUGUAGGGGGGUGUUACCAAGAGGGUGUAGUGGAUUGGAGCAUCGAUUAUGAUCUAAAAGAUAAAUAUUUUGAAAAGUGUUGCGAGUUUGUUCCAUCAUUGAGAAAAGCAGAGUUCAUUGAAGAUAUGGUCGGCCAUAGGCCUUUGAGGAAAACAGGUCCGAGGGUAGAGAUGGAAUUUUGGACAGUAAAGAGUGGACAUAAAAAGUUGCCCAUAAUCCAUAACUAUGGCCAUGGACCAGAAGGGUGGGGUUUGCAUUGGGGAACGAGUGGAGAUGUAUUGAAGCUGUUCAUAGAAUGGAUGAAGUCAAAUUAGUUAUCAGUUAUAGCCAAGCUAAGAAGUGUAUUUAUCAUAAAUGUAAUUAUCUAUCCAAAUUAAUAAUUUUUUAUAAUAGAGUUGAUGUAUAUAUAUUUUUAAAUUAAACCGAAGAGUUUUAGUGAAAUGCGACAUUCCUGAUUUAUAUCCAAAUUGUAAAGAUAAAUUUUUUAUAUUUUUGAUUUUAUUUGUAAGUAUAAAUCAGACGUUUCUUACUUCUAA